GUUUUUUUCGAUAAUUUUCUAUAUCCAAGGUUAUGCUUGGAUAUAGAAAAUUCGAUUCAAGUUGAACAAACCCAAUUCAAAGGUCAUAUUUUGUUUUGCUGUGCUUCUUUUGAAAUUGGCAUAGCUAUUUUUCCUAAACGCAAACAUUUGUACAUUUGGCACAUAUGGGUUUCCGUAGCCACGGAAGUAGCCUUUCACGUUACCCAUCAGAGCCAUAGAUCAGGGCGCCGGUGUGACAUUCAGCGGAUUUUCAGAGUUCGGGUCUGUGUAAAAGGAAGGGUACAACCACUAUAUGCCGAUCAAGUUUGUGUCAAAAUGAGAGUACUUAAAGCGGGUCUUUAUUUGGCUAAAACGCACCUUUUGGCACCGGGGAGCGUCACUCUUAAAAAGGUGCUCAUCAGCAGCUCUCGGACAUGCUCCUCCGAUGUCUUUCCCAACGAGAGGAUACGCAAUAUCGGGAUCUCCGCUCACAUCGACUCGGGGAAGACCACCCUGACCGAGCGUGUCCUCUACUACACCGGACGGAUAGCAGAGAUUCACGAGGUGAAGGGGAAGGACGGUGUUGGAGCCACUAUGGACUCUAUGGAGCUGGAGAGACAGCGAGGCAUCACCAUCCAGUCAGCUGCUACAUAUACCGUGUGGAAGAGCCACAACAUCAACAUCAUUGACACUCCAGGUCACGUGGAUUUUACCAUUGAGGUGGAGCGAGCGCUGCGUGUGUUGGACGGAGCCGUGCUGGUUCUGUGUGCAGUGGGAGGAGUCCAGUGUCAGACCAUGACUGUGAACAGACAGAUGAAACGCUAUAACGUCCCCUUUCUCACUUUCAUCAACAAGCUGGACCGCAUGGGUGCCAACCCCAGCCGAGCCCUGCAGCAGAUGAGAACAAAACUGAACCACAACGCAGCCUUUGUGAACAUCCCCAUUGGCCUGGAGGGGAACAUGCGCGGCAUCAUUGACCUUGUAGAUGAGCGGAGCAUGUAUUUUGAAGGAUUAUUUGGUGAAACUGUCCGAUAUGAUGAGAUCCCGGCAGAUUUUCGUGCUGAGGCUGCAGAUCGGAGGCAGGAACUGGUGGAGUGUGUGGCUAAUGGUGAUGAAACCUUGGGAGAGAUGUUCUUGGAGGAAAAAAUUCCAACAAAUGAUGACCUGAAGGCUGCAAUCCGCAGAGCUACAGUGCGGCGCCUCUUCACCCCAGUGCUGGUGGGCACGGCGCUGAAAAACAAGGGUGUGCAGCCACUACUGGAUGCUGUCCUGGAUUACCUGCCGAACCCCACUGAAGUCAAAAACUAUGCCAUCCUCAAUGCUGAGGAUUCCAGUGAAACAUCAAAAAUUCAAAUGACCGAGUCUGCAAACCCCUUUGUUGGUCUGGCCUUCAAACUGGAGGCAGGGCGGUUUGGUCAGUUGACGUAUAUACGUGUGUACCAGGGCUGUCUGAAGAAGGGGGAAUACAUCUACAACACACGCACGAGCAAGAAAGUCAGAAUUCAGAGGCUUGUGCGUCUCCAUGCUGAUCAGAUGGAGGAUGUGGAUGAAGUUUAUGCAGGAGACAUCUGUGCUCUGUUUGGGAUCGACUGUGCUAGUGGAGACACUUUCACAGCUAGGACCAGCGCUAACCUCUCCAUGGAAUCAAUUCACAUCCCAGACCCUGUCAUUUCCAUGUCAAUGAAGCCAGCCAACAAAAAUGACAUGGAUAAAUUCUCCAAAGGUAUCAACCGCUUCACGAGGGAAGACCCGACGUUCAGGGUGCAUUUUGACAGAGAGAGCAAAGAAACCAUCAUUUCAGGCAUGGGCGAGCUGCACCUGGAAAUCUACUCCCAGAGGAUGGAGAGGGAAUACAGCUGUCCAUGUGUGAUGGGAAGGCCCAAAGUGGCUUUUAGAGAGACGGUCGCCAGUCCUGUACCGUUUGACUUCACUCAUAAGAAGCAGAGUGGUGGCGCUGGGCAGUUCGGUAAAGUUAUUGGGGUCCUUGAGCCGCUGGAGCCAGAGGAUUACACAAAAGUGGAGUUUGCAGACCAAACUGUUGGAACCAAUGUCCCGAAGCAGUUUGUGCCAGCCAUUGAAAAGGGCUUCAGGGAUGCCUGUGAGAAGGGACCCCUUAGCGGCCACAAGAUCUCAGGAAUCAGAUUUGUCUUGGAAGAUGGAGCGAAUCACAUGGUCGACUCCAAUGAGAUCUCCUUCAUCCGUGCAGGAGAGGGCGCUCUAAAGCAGGCUAUGGAAAAGGCCAGCACAAUCAUCCUGGAGCCGGUUAUGUCUGUGGAAGUUGUGGCGCCUCAGGAGUUUCAGGGUGCAGUCAUUUCUGGCAUAAACCGCCGGCAUGGUGUUAUUACAGGACAAGACGGGGCUGAGGGAUACUUCACUCUAUACGCUGAUGUUCCACUGAACGACAUGUUUGGCUACGCCACAGAACUACGCUCCUGUACUGAGGGGAAAGGAGAGUACACCAUGGAGUACAGCAGAUAUCAGCCCUGCCUGCCAGCUACACAGGAAGAGCUCAUCCAUAAAUACUUGGAGGCCACAGGGCAGCUGCCUGCAAAGAAGAAGUGGAAAAACUGAAAACUGUUUACACAACUGUAUACUCACCACCAGAUCUCCUUUGGCAACUUUUCUGCCCGUCUCACCCUUCCAAAUAAUUGACCCCUGUGGAAAAACAUACUAUAUGUAUUAUCUUGGUUUUAGACCUCUACUCUCUGCAGCGAGUGCUUUCAAAAGAUGAGUGGCUACAGUGAAAACUUCAAGCGAGCUCAGGGUUUUGACUUGAGCUUUGUUACUAUGUACAGAAAGAUCUUGAUGUGAUAAUGAUGGCAACAAUGGUAUAUGUUCUUGUUUUAAAGUGUAGUUCUUUUUCUGUGCAGAUAAUUUAUCUGCCAACAGAGUCUUACAAACAGUUGAUUAGAAGAAAACCCUCAUAUCUUGCACAGCACCACCACUCUGCAGGGUUACACUUGAGGCAGAUGUUUCACAUGUACAAUGAAACUGGUUAGUUACAGACCGCAUUAGAAAGCCAAAGCCAGCCAAGAAGAAGCAUGACAAAGCACCAUCAGAGCUAGUUCCUUCUCACCUGUGCUGAGAGCUCUGUGUUAUUUGCCACCUGAAGUACGCUGUUGGGAUGAGCUGGCAUCUCUGCUGAUGCACCUUCAGGUCUGACAGUCGU